GUUGGAGAUAAGGGUUUGUGCCGUGCGGCAGCGGUAUGCAGACCAGCCAUAGGUACAUACGCAGGAUUGACUUUUGCUGCUCCAGCAACAAUGAAGCAGGGCUUCGAAACGGUUUCCACCUGAGCGGGACCGUCACGGAGCCCGCCACUGCGACGGAGCCAGAGAUGACCUACAAAGUGGCCAUCAGCUUCGACCGCUGCAAAAUCACCUCGGUGACAUGCGGCUGCGGGAACAAGGACAUUUUUUAUUGUGCCCACGUGGUGGCCCUCUCCCUGUACAGGAUCCGCAAGCCCGACCAGGUCAAACUCCGUCUUCCCAUCUCAGAGACCCUUUUCCAGAUGAACAGGGACCAGCUCCAAAAGUUCGUUCAGUAUUUAAUCACGGCUCAUCACACCGAGGUGCUGCCCACCGCCCAGAAGCUGGCGGAUGAAAUCCUGUCCUCCAACUCCGAGAUCAACCAAGUGCACGGUGCCCCGGACCCCACCGCCGGGGCCAGCAUCGACGACGAGAACUGCUGGCAUUUGGAUGAGGAGCAAGUGAGGGAGCAGGUGAAGCUGUUCCUCUCUCAGGGAGGCUACUAUGGCUCCGGGAAGCAGCUCAACUCCAUGUUCGCCAAGGUCCGCGAGAUGCUGCGGAUGAGGGAUUCGAACGGGGCCCGGAUGCUGACUCUGAUCACGGAGCAGUUCAUGGCCGACCCGCGGCUCUCGCUCUGGCGCCAGCAGGGCACGGGCAUGACGGACAAGUGCCGGCAGCUCUGGGACGAGCUGGGGGCGCUGUGGGUGUGCGUGGUGCUGAACCCCCACUGCAAGCUGGAGGAGAAAUCCUGCUGGCUCCGGCAGCUGCGCAAAUGGAGCGACAUGGACGUGUGCCCCUUGGAGGACGGCAACUACGGCAACGAGCUGCCCAACAUCACCAACGCGCUGACCCAGAGCGCCAGCCACAGCCAAGACUCCCUGGCCAGGCCACGGCGGACCGUCUUCACCCGGGCCAUCGAGGGCUGCGACCUGCACUGGCAGGACAGCCACUUGAAGCGGAUCAUCAGCAGCGACUUCUACAUGUCCCCUUCCUACCAGAGGGAGGGGGAGAGCCUGCUCUUCAAUUCCCAAGGACAGCCCCUCUGGCUAGAGCACGUCCCGACUGCGUGUGCCCGGGUGGACGCCCUGCGCUCCCACGGAUACCCCAAGGAAGCGCUCCGGCUCACCGUGGCCAUCAUCAACACGCUGAGGUUGCAGCAGCAGCGGCAGCUGGAAAUCUAUAAGCAUCAGAAGAAAGAGCUGCUGCAGCGCGGAGCCACGACCAUCACCAACCUGGAGGGCUGGGUGGGCCACCCGCUCAACCCCGUCGGCUGCUUGUUUCUCACCUUGACCGAGGCCUGUCGGCUAGAAGAGGAAAGCUGCCUGGAGAUCUCAGACGCCGGCGACGCCAAGCCCCCCGUGUACCAGCACGUGCCGGUGGCAACGGGCAGCCUGGACAGCGGCGAGUCGUACCUGGCCCUGGCGCUGGAGGUGGCACUGGUGGGGAUGGGGCAGCAGCGGGUGAUGCCCGAGGGGCUGUACGCACAGGACAAGGUGUGCCGCAACGAGGAGCAGAUCAUUGCCCGUCUGCAGGAGCUGGAGCUGGACGCCGCGCUGGUGCAGACCCUGCGCAAGCAAUGCAUCCUGCUGCUGGAAGGGGGGCCCUUCAGUGGCCUGGGGGAGGUGAUCCACCGUGAGAGCGUCCCCAUGCACACCUUCGCCAAGUACCUGUUCUCCGCCCUGCUGCCGCAUGACGCCGACCUGGCCUACAAGCUGGCACUGCGGGCCAUGAGGCUGCCCGUGCUGGAGACGACCGCCCCGUCCGGAGACGUCUCCCACCCUCACCACCUGGUCUCGGUGGUGCCCAGCCGGUACCCGCGCUGGUUCACCCUGGGGCACCUGGAGUCACAACAGUGCGAGCUGGCCUCCACCAUGCUCACCGCCGCCAAAGGAGACAUGCUGAGGUUGCGCACGGUGCUGGAAGCCAUCCAGAAGAACAUCCACUCCUCCUCCCUCAUCUUCAAGCUGGCCCAGGACGCGUUUAAGAUCGCCACGCCGGCCGACAACAGCUCCGACACGACGCUGCUCAACGUGGCGCUGGAGCUGGCGUUGCAGGUCAUGCGCAUGACGCUGUCCACCCUCAACUGGCGCCGGAGGGAGAUGGUGAGGUGGCUGGUCACCUGCGCGACGGAAGUGGGCGUGCGGGCGCUGGUGAGCAUCCUGCAGAGCUGGUACACGCUCUUCACGCCCACCGAGGCCACGAGCAUCGUGGCGGCGACGGUGAUGUCCCACAACACCAUCCUGCGGCUCAGCCUGGACUACCCGCAGCGGGAGGAGCUGGCCAGCUGCGCCCGGACCUUGGCGCUGCAGUGCGCCAUGAAGGACCCGCAGAACUGCGCCCUGUCGGCCCUGACGCUCUGCGAGAAGGACCACAUUGCCUUCGAGACGGCCUACCAGAUCGUCAUCGAUGCCGCCUCCACCGGCAUGACCUACUCCCAGCUCUUCACCAUCGCCCGCUACAUGGAGCACCGGGGCUACCCGUUGCGGGCCUUCAAGCUGGCCUCGCUGGCCAUGACCCACCUCAACCUGGCCUACAACCAGGACACGCACCCGGCCAUCAACGACGUGCUGUGGGCCUGCGCCCUGAGCCACUCCCUGGGCAAGAACGAGCUGGCCGCCAUCAUCCCGCUGGUGGUGAAGAGAGUCCACUGGGCCACGGUGAGGAGCGUCCCCGGUGCCACGGUGCUGUCAGACAUCCUCCGCCGCUGCACCAUGACGGCGCCGGGCCUGGCCGGCAUCCCCGGCCGCAGGAACUCGGGGAAGCUCAUGUCCACGGACAAGGCGCCGCUGCGGCAGCUGCUGGACGCCACGAUAAGUGCGUACAUCAACACGACGCACUCCCGCCUCACCCACAUCAGCCCGCGGCACUACGGCGAGUUCAUCGAGUUCCUCAGCAAAGCCCGGGAGACCUUCCUCCUGGCCCAGGACGGCCACAUCCAGUUCGCCCAGUUCAUAGACAAUCUCAAACAGAUCUACAAGGGCAAGAAAAAACUGAUGAUGCUGGUGAGGGAGCGUUUCGGGUGAGCGCGGGCACGGCGCGAGGAUGGACAACGACAGCGCCGAAGACACCAACCCCCACCGGCCAGUCUCGUUGCAUUCGACCGUUUCACAUCCACCGAGGAUUCGAGGGCACAUAAACCAAAAGACAAGCAUGGGAAGAGCGAUCCUUUUUGUUUUGCUUCGUUUUGUCGUUCAGCCUCCCACACUCCCGAGCGUCGUACGUGGAUACCAAAAGUGAACCUGGACACCCGAUACCUCUUUCCUGCGGGACGCGGCGCCCAGAGGCUGCGACGUGCCGAAAAGGAAAGAACAAGCAAGAGCAAAGCCAAUGGCAGCGCCGGGAGCGGCGGCUUUGCAACUCGCGGAGACUGGCAAACUCUUCGUUUUUUUUUUCCCAUUUGUGAAGAUACUGAAACGAAAGGAAAAAAUAACAACCCCCCCCAACAAACAAUGAAAGUAACUGUUCUCAGGGAUUGCUUACUAAAAGUAACAAAAGAAAAAAAACCAUUUAUGAUACUGUAAAUACUAUAGUAUAUGUGUCAAUUAUUAAAUUGUAAAGUUAUAAUUAUUUAUAAUUCUGUCUUUUAUUUGGGGGAUACUUGAAAUUGUCGGGGGCCGGGACUUUUUUUUUUUUUUUUUUUUUGUUCGUUUGUUUUUUAAUUUAA